UAAUAGUUACCAUUAAUAGUUACUUUCUAUUAUGAAUGUUUCGAUAUUAUUUAUUUAUGUUGGUAUCUGUAAAAGUUGUCCGCGUGACUUUUGAGCUUUGAUGAUGAUGCCAUGACAACUUGUUUAUUUAUCAGUUUGUCGGCUGUCGAAAUUGCGUGAAGAAGAUGUUUCUAAAUUAUCCGUUUUAAGUUUUACUGUUAUUUGUUUUUUUUUUGGGUUAAUUGCUGUAGCGGUAGGUUGGUUGUGCAUUUUGCUAAACUAAAGAUGAUGACUACUUGUCACUGCGUCUGCUUCCGUAACGGAUUGAAUCAGGUGAGUGAUAAACUGUUUUGGUUUAUUAUUGCUUAAUUGUAAUUGUUGUUGUUGUUUCAGGAUGAGGAUGAUGAUGUGGAUGGUCGAGGUGCGACGGAAGUUGGCGGCGGUGGUGGUGAUGAUGGAAUGAAGAGGCGGAGGAAGAGGGCGCGCAGCAGGGAGCUGAGGGGCGGCGUCAACUACACGGGCUGCGAUUGCGGCAAGCUGAACGGGCUGCAGCACGAGUGUCGUCGGUCGGGGUGCCGGGGGUGUCCCGGCUGCUUCACCUAUCCACCGACCUGCGACCCGAGCGCCUUCACCAACGCCCGACACCUGCACAAGGUGAAGAAGUACAGGCUGAUCGAGCGACUCACUACGGAAAGACACCGCAACACCGACACCUCCAUCCGCUGUUGUCCUCAUACCUGUUGUCGCGAUGGCAACCAGCAGCAGUAAUCCCAAAGCCCCGGA